CGAAAGGAGCGGAGGAUCAAUCGAGAACGAUGAAGAAGUGAAGGAAGAGAUAAUGGCAGAAGCAGGCAGAAGAGGAGGAGGAGGAGGAAUCAGAGCCUGCAACCAGAGCUGUGGUUGCGCCGUCCCCUGCCCCGGCGGCAACGCCUGCAGGUGCGCGACGGCGAAGGUGGAGACGGCAGGCGGGGAUGCGGCGCACCGGUGGUGCCCGUGCGGGGAGCACUGCGGAUGCAACCCUUGCACGUGCCCCAGUGCGGUGGCCGGAGUCGGCAAGGAUUUCUGCAAGUGCGGCGAAAAUUGCCGAUGUGAAACUUGUGGUGCUGGAUCGGGAUGAAAGUGGAACCUAAACAUAAACAACUUCUGAAACGUCGUCGUUUUAGCUUGGUUUCUGAACUGUGGCUUAAACGAAACUAUUGUGCGAUUACAAUAAAACACUAUUGUAUUGUAGUACUCUACGUACAAUAUGCUUUUUCUA